AUGAGACUCCUCUUGCUGUUGGUGUCUGCUUUGGGUUUUGUGGGUGUGAGUCUGGGUGGGGACUGCAGUCCCUUUGCCAGACCAUGGCUGGUCUCCUUCGGACACUGGCAGAGUGGAGCUCUCCUCAAUGAGUGGUGGGUGCUGACCACCUACUCCCGCUCUGCAGAUUCUGAGAAACUGGUCGCUCGACUCGGGGUAGAUGACCUGAAUGGACAGUCAGACACAGAGCAGAGGAUACCUGUGGCCGAAUGGAUUAACCACAAUCCCUAUUCAGACUUCCGCAGAAGCAAGAGGAGUCCGGGAAAUGACCUGGCGCUGGUGAGGUUGGCCUGGCCAGCACGCUUCACCCCCCAGGUCCAGCCCAUAGCCCUGCCCACUCGAUGCCCACAGACUGGGGAGCAGUGUGUGGUGUCAGGAUGGGGAUCCACAGCCCCAUUUCAAUGUGACACGGCAGGUGCCUCAUCUAGAAAGCAGCAGUGCCUGAUGCAGCCUGUUCUGAGUGAUGUGUCCUGCCAGCGAGAGCAUAGGCUGUACUCGCCAAUUCCCCACAUGUUCUGUGCCGGAUACCAGCACACUACAAAGGGCAACUGCCUGAGAGAUGAGGGGAGCGUUCUGGUGUGUGGUGGCGUACUACAGGGUGUGAAUGGCUGGGGGAUGGAGGGAUGCUCUGGAAGACCUGAGACCUACUCCAGAGUGUGCCAUUACAGGAGCUGGAUUGAUAAAGUCAUGAGCACCUACUUUACCACAACAACAACAACUAUGCCUGGUUCUCCUGAACCCACAGGGGAUCCCAGGCCCUCCACAUCUACUACUCGUACAACCUUCUGGGAUCCCACAGGUUGGGGUCCAACUGUAUGACAUCAUAAGCUUUUGACAUACUGACAAUUCCAUCUCUGACAUAUCUGACCUGAUCUUGUUCAGGGAGCAUGUAGAAAUGUGUCUUUUGUCGUUCAGGGAGCAUGUAGAAAUGUGUCUUUUCUCGUCCUUUGCUCUUUCUCUUAUUCUUGCAUCCUAUUCCUCAUCAUUUAUUUCCCCACUGGAAUGAAGGCAGACACAUUUUGAAUAACUUUGAAAAGUUUGGAUUUCUUGCCAGCAGGAUUUGCAUGUCCAACCAAACAUUCUAGAAUGGCAGGGCAUUGCUGCCACAAAUGGUCAUUUGAAGCCAUUCAACCCUAUUGUGCUUAUUGACUGUAUAUCUGCUGUAAAGCUUUCAAAU